CCACUCCAUAUCAUCGUCUUCCAUCUCAAAAUCAAUCUAAAUCCAUCCAUCGAUCUCUCAAUUAAUUAACCUCAAGAGAGAAGUAAUUAAUUGAGCUAGCUAGCUAGAUAGUGAGAUAAAUAGUGAUCAAUAGCUAAGCUAGCUAGCUUCGAUCGAUUGAUCAUGAUGAGGUCGCCGUGGAUGGUGUUUGCAUGGGCGGCGGCGAUGGUGGCCGUGGCGGCGGCGUCGCCGGUGCCGACGAAGCUGAAGGUGGGGUUCUACGAGCACAGUUGCCCGCAGGCGGAGGAGAUCGUCCGCAACGCCGUCCGCCGCGCCGUCGCCCGUGACCCCGGCCUCGCCGCCGGCCUCAUCCGCAUGCAUUUCCACGACUGCUUCGUCAGAGGGUGUGACGGGUCGAUACUGAUAAACUCGACGCCGGGACACGUGGCGGAGAAGGAUUCGGUGGCGAACAACCCUAGCAUGCGAGGGUUCGAGGUGGUGGACGACGCCAAGGCCAUCGUCGAGGCGCACUGCCCGCGCACCGUCUCCUGCGCCGACAUCCUCGCCUUCGCCGCCCGCGACUCCGCCCACCUCGCCGGCGCCACCGUCGACUACCCGGUCCCCUCCGGCCGCCGCGACGGCCGCGUCUCCGUCUCCGACGAGGUGCUCGCCGACAACGUCCCCGCCCCGACCUUCAGCCUCGCCCAGCUCGUCGCCAGCUUCGAGCGCAAGGGCCUCACCGCCGACGACAUGGUCACCCUCUCCGGCGCCCACACCAUCGGCCGCUCCCACUGCUCCUCCUUCACCGCCCGCCUCUACAACUUCAGCGGCGAGGCCGGCAGGACGGACCCGGCCAUCGACCCGGCGUACGCGGCGGAGCUCAAGCGCCGGUGCCCGCCAGCGACCGACGACCAGAUGGACCCCACCACCGUGCCGCUCGACCCGGUGACGCCGGCGAGCUUUGACAACCAGUACUACAAGAACGUGCUCAAGCACAGGGUGGUGCUCAACUCCGACCAGGCGCUGCUCGACAGCCCGUGGACCGCCGGCGUCGUCAAGCUCCACUCCGCCGUCGAGAAGGUGUUCCAGGUCAAGUUCGCCGCCGCCAUGGUGAAGAUGGGCAACAUCGACGUGCUCACGGGUGACGAGGGAGAGAUCAGAGAGAAGUGCUUCAUGGUCAACAACCACUACUAGUUGUCAAUCAAUAAUUAAGCUUAUAUUAUAGUAUAUAUAUAAUUUCAUCUGCAGCUGGUUUAUACAUGUAGAAUUAGUAAUAUUACACGCCCAAAUUUCAUCAUGUGGAAAUUUUUUUGUUGUUGUUUUGUGUGGCAAAUUGUGAUUAAGAAAAGAUUCUAUUGUUAACUCAAACAAGAGAAGAUUUUCUUAUAUUGUUUCAAAUCAGAGUGGAGAAAAUAUUUUAGUUUACUGUUAUCUAAAAAAACAGAAGAUUUUAGUUCACAUCAGAAAUGAGGAAAAUGCUAUAUUGUAAAGGUAGAAUGGUUUUUUUGAUACCAUGGCCCAUCUUAUGACUAUAAAUCCCACAUAACAACGAGUAAAUCAAUCUGGGCCGAAUGAAUUGUAACGUGGCAGGAAGGGCUAGCUAUGUACUGGGCUAUGGAAGUUCAGUGAAUUGGCUGGGCUCUCAUCCAUAAUCUUGAACUGUAAUGACAUAACUGAUGUAAA